AUGCGGGCGUGCACACGCCGUAGCGCACUCAAAGGCAGCCCGCGACAACACCUGCCGGGCGUUAGCUGGUGGGUCCGUAACUGCUCAUCUCGAUCUCUGCGGGGACAGCGAGUUUCAGCAGCAAGCUGGAGGGCACUUUAUGGUACAGCGCUUUGCCUGAAGUUGGCGGACGGAUUGACAAAUCUGCGCGUGCGAGGAAUAUCGGUUUGCAACUCAAACACAACACCUGCGUCGGUGGGCGAGGACGUCCGAGUCUUGACGUGGAAUCAGACAGGGCAGCCGUCAUUUCGAGCAGCUCGGGGGGACGGUAGUGGUGCAUGAGCGCGCCGAGCCUGACGGCACCUUGACGUCCCAUAGGCUCGGACUCACGUUCGCCGUGAUCGCGGCGGCGACGACAAGCGGCGAGUUACAAGAGAGGCUUUGACCGCCGGCGGCGUCAGCAAGAAGGAAUAGGCACCGGCACUGCUGUACGGUGGCAGCAGCGCCAGAACCACGAUGGUCAUCGUCCUAGCCGUCGAGGGCAUGAUGUGCCAGAACAACUGCGGCAGCACGGUACGGCAGGCUCUGACCUCGGUUCCCGGAGUCCUCCGCGCGGAGGUGUCUUUCGCCGAAAGCCGCGCGAGAGUGUGGACCGGCGACGGCAGCAUCGCCGGCGGCGACCCGGCCUUGUUGGAGUCUAUCGUCCGGGCGGUAGAGAGCGUCGGUUUCGGCGCAACGGUGCUGCCGGACGUGGUGCUUGAGGUGGAGGGUAUGAUGUGCCAGCGAAACUGCGGAACCACGGUCCAAGCCGCUCUCGCGGCCGCCGCCGGGGUGCACCGGGCGGAGGUGUCCUUCGCAGACCGACGGGCCCUGGUCUGGCUUCACGGCGGGACAGAGGACGCUCUAAUUGCCGCUGUGGAAGGGGUCGGGUUUGGGGCCGAGGUUGCUCCGGCCGUUGUGCUGGCGGUCGGGGGCAUGAUGUGCCAGAAGAACUGCGGCACGACGGUGCGGCAGGCCCUUGAGGCCGUGCCCGGCGUGUCCCGCGCCGAGGUUUCGUUCGCGCAGAAGCGAGCGCGCGUGUGGGGCGGUGGCGGUAGCGAAGGGGUGGGCUUGAGGUCGGCGGACCUCGUGGACGCCAUCGAAACGAUCGGUUUCGAGGCAGCCGAAGCCCCCGCCGUCGAACUGGAUGUCUCGGGCAUGAUGUGCCAGAACAGCUGUGGCACCACCGUGCGGCAGGCUCUCGAGAACGUCGCGGGAGUGUCGCACGCGGAGGUCUCUUUCGCCGAGAAGAGGGCCAGGGUCUGGGGUAGCAGCGGACGGGGAAUUUUGCUAUCCACCGGGACCCUUGUCGACGCCGUGGUCACGGUGGGUUUCGAUGCGAGCGGCGCCGCGGCGCCGGGGCCAUCACCACGACAACCACCACCGGCCGGUGUGAAUGGGAGGGCCCCUGCCAACAAGCAGCCACAGCACCAGCUACGGUUGUCUUCCGUCACCGGUAGAGAGCUGAACACCGAAAGUCGUGGCUCGAAGAAUGGGGGAAGAAGUGCCAGCGCCGUCGUCAUUUCGUCGAACGGUGGCGCCAAAGGAGGCCGGAGCGGCGACGUUCGCGGCGGCGGCGGGCAGCUGGUGUUGUCUACCGGGAGCUUCACCGUGGAAGGCAUGUCGUGCGCGGCCUGUGUGGGCAAGGUGGAACGGUUCGUGGGUGCGAUGAGGGGCGUCGGGGAAGUUCGCGUUGCUCUUCUCGCGGGCCAGGCAGAGGUCAAGUAUGACACGGAACAGCUUGCCCCGGAGGACAUCGCAAGAGGAGUCUCCAGCCUGGGGUACAAGUGCCAGCACCUCCGCACUGUCAGAACAAGCAAGGCGGGCGGCGGAGGGGGGGGGGGUAGGCCAAACACCCUGGAGGUGGAAGUUACCGGAAUGUCGUGCACCUCGUGCAGCGGGAAGGUGGAGCGAGCCGUGUUGGCCCUUCCCGGAGUCGCCUCGUGCUCCGUCAGCGUUACCACAGGCCGCGCUAGCAUCACUUUCAAAGGCGACGGAAGCAGUGGCAAGCCUUCGUCAAUGGAAGAGGGUACUGGAAAAGAGGCGAGCGGAGUGCGUGACGUCAUCCGCGCCGUGGAAGGUCUCGGGUUUGGCGCCAAGGCUGUCGACCUAGGCGGCGACGCCCUCUCGGGCAUGAAGCGGUUGCAGGAGAUGACGCGGAAGGACGUGGCGAUGUGGCGGCGUCUUUGCUUGCUCUCAGUCUUCUUUACGGUGCCCCUGUUGUUGGCGCAUUGGCUUCAGGUUUUGAUGCUCUGGGAGGGGCCACCGGUAGUGGGGGGCAUCUCGUUGUGCGACUUCGUGAUGUUCGUCCUGGCAACGCCAGUGCAGUUCGUGGUCGGGAGACGCUUCUACCGCGCCGCUUGGAUGGGCGUCAAGCACGGCAGCCUCGGCAUGGACGCCCUGGUCGUGAUAGGCACGUCGAGCGCGUACCUGUUCAGCGUGUGCGUGCUGCUGGUGAAGUGCUCGUUCGACCCCGAAUUCCCUUCUAAGUGCACCUUCGAGACCGCCGCGAUGCUGCUCACCCUCGUGAGCCUCGGCAAACUCAUGGAAGCCAUCGCCAAGGGGCAGACCUCGUCGAGCCUCACGGCUCUCGUGAAGCUACAGCCUAGGACGGCGCUACUUUUGCCUCCGCCAGGCGUUUCCGUGGGCACCGAGGUGGCGGGAAGCGUCAAUGGCCACGGCGGCGCGGUCGCCAAGAAGAAGCGGAGAGGAAACAAGAUGGAGAUGGAGUAUAAGGAGAUCGAUGCUGGCCUCGUCCAGGUCGGGGACAGGCUUCUGGUCAAGCCCGGGUCGCUGCUGCCCGCGGAUGGUGUGGUGGUAUCCGGAAACAGCACCGUUGACGAGAGCAUGAUCACCGGCGAGAGCAUGCCAGUGACGAAGGCUGCGGGAGACCUAGUCUUCGGGUCGACCGUCAACCAGAUGGGUUCCUUCACGAUGCUAGCACAGGGCGUCGGCAAGGACACCGCUCUCAACCAAGUGGUGAGGUUGGUCCAGGAGGCACAGUCGUCCAAGGCGCCCAUCCAGGCCUUCGCGGACCGCAUGUCUUCGAUCUUCGCCCCAGUGGUGCUCUCGUUGGCCAUGGUCUCCUUUAUCUCCUGGUACGCGCUGCUCUCUCAAGACCCCCGACCCACCUGGCUCGGGAAGCUCGCCGAUCCUCCGGUAGGGAGCACAGCCACAGACCCUUUCCUGUUCGCGCUGCUCACCGCUGUCGCCGUCACUGUGGUGGCUUGCCCCUGUGCCCUGGGCCUGGCGACCCCCACCGCGGUGAUGGUGGGCACGGGGGUGGGCGCUAAGAACGGGGUGCUGAUCAAGGGGGGGGCGGCCUUCGAGGCUGCGCACAAGGUGGACACGGUGCUGCUGGACAAGACCGGCACGCUUACGAUGAACAAACCCACCCUCACGGACGUGUUUUCGCAGGGCGCGGCAAACACGAAGGACUCUGUACUAGCCCUGGCGGCCUCUGCCGAAGCUUCUAGCGAACACCCGGUGGGCUCGGCGAUCGUCGAGGCGUCUCGAGCGAGAGGGGUUUCCAAGCUAGAGCCUGUCGUCGAGGGGUUCCAGGCUACCCCGGGGAUGGGGGUUUCGUGCACGAUCGUCGAAGAUCGUGGCGGGUCUGCUUCCGGCACAACCGGCGAGCGUCACCGGAAGAUGUCCAAGGGCGACCUCGUGCUCGUCGGGUCGAGGACCUGGCUGUCUCGGCACCACGUACGCAUUCCCCCGGAGAUCGAGGGGCACGCCGCGUCUCUGGAGUGGCAAGGGAAAACGGUGGUGUUUGUCGCCGGCGGCGGGGAGACUAAAGGAGUCCUGGCCGUCGCGGACAGCGUAAGGCCGGAGGCCAGGGAGGCUGUGGGGACGCUGCACAGGAUGGGGAUCAGCGUAUGGGUUGUGACCGGAGACAACCGUGCAACCGCAGAGGCGGUGGCAGCGAUUGUCGGCAUCCCCAGGGGGAAGGUGAUGGCCGGCGUCCUUCCUGCAGACAAGUCGAGAAAAGUUCAGGAGUUGCAGAGAAUGGGACAGGCGGUUGCUAUGGUCGGGGACGGGGUCAACGACUCUCCUGCCCUGGCCAUGGCUGAUGUUGGCAUCGCCGUCGGAGCAGGGACCCAGGUGGCUGUGGAGGCCGCGGAUAUGGUGCUGGUGCGGUCCGACUUGAGGGACGUGGUGGUGUCGCUUCACCUGAGCCGAGCGGUAUUCCGCCGCAUUCGAAUGAACUUCGUCUGGGCCCUCAGCUACAACGUGGUGGCUCUUCCGCUGGCCGCGGGUCUCCUGAAGCCGUGGUUAGGCCUGGGCGUGACCCCGGCCCUUGCGGCCCUCUUCAUGGCUUCUUCGUCCAGCCUCGUCGUCUUGAGCAGCCUCGGCCUGAAGCUGUACACCCGCCCUGGAGAGCCAGCCCCGAGAGAGUCAGUGGUGAGGUCCUGCAGGAGGCGGCUGGGUCUGCCGACGCCACCCCCUCCACGACACGGCGGCACCAGUUGGAACAACCCCAGGGUGCACGAUCGUCAACGGCGAAAGUCUUGGCUCGGCAAGGAGUUCUGGCUGGAGCUGGGGUCCCGGCGGCCGUGGAGGACAAGGGAGAAGAGGAGGGACGUCGGAGGGGGGUGGGGGGGUAGUAAGCGGUUCCAGGCGGGGGAGGCGUCGCCCCUUCUCGGGCCGGGUCAGUUCCAAGUAUGAUGACUGUUAUUGUUGUCGGCCGUACCGACCAAUCUGGUGUGUCUUGACGCCUACCUCAGGUUGCAUGACGUAAGAUAUCAACCUACAGCAUCUUUCUGGCUUCCAACACAGCGGGCCUCCAGGCAGCAGAAGUUGCCCUCCCUCUGUGGCUUGGAAGAGCCCUACGGAGGGAGUUGCUUACUUAGAGGUGGCCGCACCACGAUGUGCCGGUACGUGUCACCCGUAGCUUGCGGGUGGGCGGGCGGGUGAGUUAAUGUGUGACAUCACUGGGGAUAUCAUCUAUUUGAGUGUUUGCCAACCACAGAAACUUUUUUUUUUGUUUUGUCCCGGUUGGUCGCUUUGACGACGUUGUUCGUCGUGACAACGUCGGGGUACAGCAUUGUCAUGGUAACGACAGUUCUAGGCCGUAGUGAAUGGCAAGUAUCGAUUAUUGUGUGUCUGUUCUGUCUGGGUUCGUUGUUGGUGUUCGGCGCUGUCGUAAGCAAUUUCUUUUUCGUACAACUUUUUUUUUCAGUGUUGCAUGUUUUCUUCGUCAGGAAGACGACACUGAUGAAGCGUGUUGUCGUUCCGUGUGGGGCAUUCUUUUCAGUUCAACAUUGCGUGCUGUGUUUUGUGUUUCGCGAUGCCUUUCUCUCAAUACGUGGUUUGGUGUGACACAUAUGCAGUUUUAGAGGUUAAGGUUAGGGUAUAGGUAUGCCGUCCUGCGAGACGCUACUGGGUGUUGCUGUAGUGAGACGUGUCGUGCUUCAAUUUAGACGGGCGUUGGUUGAUGGAGAUGGGUCUCGAGUGUUGUUGCUCAGCGUCGCGCGUUGCCGUCGUCCACGUUCAGUAGCGGGGGCUUCAUGAAUCGGAAAAAUGUCGGCCGUUCUUGUUCUCUUAUCACUAAAUAAAUUUGAUACCUUCUCAUUGAUGGUUCGGAUACCACGGUGAUAUGGACGGACAUCCACGGACUCAAGCUUUCGCAAUAGGCUGACAGAUGUUCAUUUUGGCUUCUUUG